AUAUAGUCCAUAAAGUGUGCUCCACCCAAAUGGAAUCUUUCCUUUAUAUUUAUUCUUCACUUGGUAUUCUGGUAAAGGAAUCUUUGGCCUAGUUUCAUGUCUUGAAGUUGAAUACAAACAACAAAACCAUAAAAUAAAGAAAGAUAGAAAGAAAGAAACGGCAACAGAGAGACAGAGAUAAAGAGAAGAUGGGAGUAACAAAGGAACAAGUUGAAUCUUCAUUGACUUCAAAAUUGAAGCCUUCUCAUCUGGAAGUAAUUGAUACAUCAGGAGGGUGUGGUGCAAGUUUUGCAAUUGAGAUUGUAUCAGAACAAUUCCAAGGGAAGAGGCUUCUGGAGAGGCAUAGAAUAGUGAAUGCUGCUCUUGAAGAGGAGAUGAAGCAAAUCCAUGCUUUAUCAAUAAAGAAAGUUCUCACCCCCGAGCAGUGGAAACAACAGCAAGAAGCUGAAAACUCUAAACCAGAUGCUUAGAAAGAUGCUCAAGGAAUUCAGACAUUUAAAUAAGAGUUCAUUUAGCCACUUGAAUUCAAAUAAUUGGGUUUAUGGCUUACUGGGGAUGGGUUGAAAACUAUCUAUUUGACAUGCUAAAAUAAUGGAAGCUCGACAUGCUAAAAGAGUUGCAAGGAGUUGGCCCAAAGAAGAUUGUCAUUCUUCUUUUUCCUAAUCUAAAAGGCCCCAACACCAAAAAAUAAAAGCUCUGGUUUAGUGUUGACUGUCUUUGAUUAAAGAAUGAAGAUAUAUUGACUUUAAUAAUGCAUGACUCUUAGUCUUUGUUACGGAUAUGCAUCUCGAAGUUGGGUUACUCACCUUUCUGUUUGACAAGGUUUUGGAUUUGGAUUGUUUUUUUCUCAUUGCAAAGUAUAAAUU